UUGUGGGUGGAGUUCAGGAACUUCACCAGUGUGAUGUUAAAAUCUUAUAUUUGUAAUAAAGCCAUUUACAUGGGCUUAUUUGGCCUUGCAGCGGGUCCACUAACUUCUUCUAAUGUGAAGUGACUCCUGCAAUCAUGCCUACAAUCAUGCAUCAGAUCAGUGAUCCAAAGAUCGCCUUUGCCUACCUGCGCCCGGCCUGUGUCCUCCUCACCAAAGCUCCCACUGUGACCGACGUGGAGACGCUGAGCGCUCAGCUAAAAGAAAUCGACGAUGCCACGUUACAGCAGCUCCAAGAGUACAUCCUCUUCCCUCUUCGUUUCGUACUCAAAGUCCCUGGGACAAAGAAGGACAAACUGGUGCAGGCUGUGGCUGAGGCCAUGAGCCACGUCCUGGAGACCACGUGUGUCCAGAGCUGGGAGACUCUCCGGGACCUCCUGUCAGAGCUCUGCCUCUGCCUGUGCACUCCUACCGAUCCUGGGAAACCUGCAGAGACUUCAGAGGAGCUGAAAUCUGCCGUGCUGAAGUGCCUGGACGCACUGCUUCAUGCCGCUUAUGGUGAUAUCAUCUUCAAACUCUUUGAACCGAUCAUGCUUCCCGGCAUUGGAUCUGCCAUAUCGUUGCUGCUGGCUCUGGGAGAGAAGGAGAGAUCUCGAGACGUACAGUUGGCAGCGCUGAAGUGCCUCCAGGCUCUGACUCUGCAGUGUGACUGCACUCAGGAGCAUGUAGUCCCAUCGUCACAGGAGAGAGGUGCUCUAGGCAGCACCAUGGCUUCAUUCUUACCUGGGAUUACCAUGGCUGUAUCUAGGAUCAUUACAGGAGAUCUGAGACAUGGCCAUGCAGUGACAGUCAGGGCGAUAAAGGUUUGGUACAGGACUGUGGGGCUGGUGAUAGAGGACGCCCAGCUCCAGGCCGGUGAGCUCUGCAGGACUGCCCCACCAGACCUGGGGAGAGUCUCUCAGCUGAUGGUCCAUCGCUCUCAGGACUGGGUGAAGAGCACCGCGGGGAGACUCUCUUCGCUCCUGAAGAAGAUCAUCUCCUGCUCCUCGGCUCACCAGCACUGGAGGGUCCGGCUGGAGAUGGUGGAGCUGGGGGAACACCUGCUGGCCCGGUGCAGCCACUCACUGGGGGAGUGUGUGGGGCUGCUGCUGGAAGCCCUGGUGGGGGCAGUCAACGAUGAGGAGCCCAGAGUCAGGAAGAG